GGCCUGGUUCUCUCCCCUCCCCCUCCGUGUCUUUUGCUUCCCCGGGCAGGCCUAGCUCUCGCCCGGUUCGGUGGCCUUGGUUCGCUCCGUGUCGGUGUUUUUGUCGCCCGGAACAAAACUACCCUCUGUCACUUUCUCCUCCUGGCAGGCUCUGGGCCUUGCUUACCAGGCCGGCUCCUGGCGCCUGUUGUAGCCGAGCCCUCGGGCUCCCCGCACCCGGAGAGGAUGUCUGAUCAGACGGGCUUGGUGAUGCCACAGACUAUGGACAGGAGUUGCUGGGUGUGUUUUGCCACAGAUGAAGAUGACAGAACAGCCGAGUGGGUGAGACCGUGCAGGUGCAGAGGCUCUACAAAGUGGGUUCACCAGACUUGUCUGCAGCGAUGGGUGGAUGAGAAACAGAGAGGGAACAGUACAGCUCGAGUAGCUUGUCCUCAGUGCAAUGCAGAAUAUUUAAUAGUAUUUCCAAAGCUAGGUCCAGUCGUUUACGUCUUGGACCUAGCAGAUCGCCUUAUCUCAAAAGCCUGUCCGUUUGCUGCAGCCGGAAUAAUGGUGGGCUCUAUCUACUGGACUGCUGUCACUUAUGGAGCUGUAACAGUGAUGCAGGUUGUGGGUCAUAAAGAAGGCCUUGAUGUAAUGGAAAGAGCCGAUCCCUUAUUCCUUUUAAUUGGUCUUCCGACCAUCCCAGUUAUGCUUAUAUUGGGAAAGAUGAUUCGCUGGGAAGACUAUGUGCUUAGACUAUGGCGCAAAUAUUCUAACAAGCUACAGAUACUGAACAGCAUAUUCCCAGGGAUUGGAUGUCCUGUUCCUCGUAUUCCAGCUGAGGCCAACCCUCUGGCAGAUCAUGUCUCUGCUACUCGCAUUCUGUGUGGCGCUCUUGUCUUCCCCACUAUCGCUACGAUAGUUGGCAAGUUGAUGUUUAGCAGUGUUAACUCUAAUCUUCAAAGGACAAUUUUGGGUGGAAUUGCUUUUGUUGCUAUAAAAGGAGCUUUCAAGGUUUAUUUCAAACAGCAGCAAUAUUUGCGACAAGCGCAUCGGAAAAUUUUGAACUAUCCCGAGCAAGAAGGAGCGUAAAAGUCUGUCGAUGUAUAUGAUUUGUACAGUCUCGUCUGCUGUAUUUGGCAGCAUUAUACCAACUCUGUUGCUUGCCUGCAGAAGUGGAGGUUGGACAAUAUGCUGCUUAUGUGUGUUUUGUUUUUGUGUUCGUUUUUUCUACAUAGAAUAAUAAAGGACAUGGCCAGGUAAAAACCUCCUUAGUUAUUGAGCCUUAUGAAUGUGAUCUGUAUUUUCCUUGGUGCAUUUUCUUUGUGGCAGAAGACAUCCAAAACUUUUUCUGACAGGCAAAUGUUGCCUUCUUUCCAGACAAGAGUCAAAACAGUUGUAAAGUUCAUAAGUUAUGUGCAGACCAUAUUGCGUUAUCUUUUGUAUGCUUAUUGCAGUAGAUGCACGGUACUUUGCUAUGUGGGCCAAUAUCAUAGGACUUUUAAAAGUAUACAUUUGAUGGUUCAUUGCCAAGUGAAAUGGUGGAAUGUCAGUUAAUAAAAUCCUUUAUUCAUAGAUGUAGCUUAACAAUAAACUGGAAGUCAGAAAUUCAUUCAAAUUAAUGAUAACAGCUGAGUCCAUUUUCUGGCUGGUUCAUGUAGCCCAUCAGAACAGCCCAGACUGAUAAAAAAGCGUAAAUACGCAAGCCUAGUUUUGAGAAGCACUUGGGAUUCCCACAACUUCAUUUUUUGUUUAAAGGUUUUUUUUUUUAAGAAACUUUUUUUAGCUCUUUAGUUUUACUGCAAGUGGUUCUCUCUAUAACUGACUCUGUGUACCACCUGUGAAAUUGAAAAACUGAUCCACAGUCUGUUUGUAAAGAGCUGCAAUGUUAGUGCUGUGCUGUGGAAUCUCAGCCAAAGAGUGGAAUCAUCCCCUCAAGCUAAAUCUAGAAGCAAAGGUUCAAAACCCAGUAUUGGCAGUAGAUAGCCAUAUCUAAAAGAAAAUAUAAAUGCUUGGAUAUGAACACUGAGAAUACUGAUGUCUAAGGUACAGAUUUAAAAGGUUGGACCAAGAGGUAAUUUCUAUAGGAAAAGGGUUUUCCGUCCGUAGAAUGGGACAUUCUUUGGCACCUUCUUCUGCUGUAGCCCAAAAUGCUCCCUGAAAUGCUGCUUCUGGAGGACAGCAUAAGUAGCAAAUUGGGGGUCUCUAAGGGGUGAAAAUGCCCCCCUUCUGUUGGUAGAAAUAAACCACUGGAUCCAAAGCAUAGUUUCUGAGCUGUAAAAUGUUUGUGAUUCAAUUGGCACUCAAUACAUCUGUUUUGAAAGCGUGUCCCAUUGAUUUUAGCUGAGCUUUAGAUAAGGCAGCCUAGGACUUUUUGGGGGCAGGGGGCUUCUCCAGUCCCUUACAACCAGUAAAAGACUCAAGUACAUGACAGAGUUGAGGUGAAUAAAUGAUACACUAAAGUCACACUUUUUUUCUUGACCACAAAAAUGUUGCAUAUUAAUAUUAAAUAUCGGAGUUCAUUAGUGUGGUUCAGGCUGUAGCCACACAAUAUGCAGCAAUCAUCCUGGGUUUACAGGUGGUAUUUGUUUUGGCAGGAUUAAAGAACCAUUAAGUGUCUUUCAAGCUCUCAAAAUUAUGUUCAAACAGUGUAUCUAAUGCAUGGAGAAAAGAAAUAAGCUUUCCUUCUUUGUACGUACUAGUAAAUAAGAGUUUUUCACCAGAAAUGAAGCAAGUGAGGAAAGAGGCUUCAUGUUUGAUUGCAAUAAUGUAUGCUAAAGAACUAUUAUGUUGAUUUUUGCAUAGUAAGCAUUACUUUAAAUACUGAAAUGUAAUUAGAGUGUAUAAAAAGUGUAUAUAAUGACCAACUAGUAUUCCAGCACUGGUUUAUGUGAAAAAUAUAAAGCACAAGAAGACAAUUUAGUUUCUUGUUUUAAUUUAGGAACAAAAUUGCUAUUAAGUUUAAGUUGCAAUUGGACUUUUGAUAUAUAUUUAUAUACAGCAGGAUCUUACAAGAUGCUGACUUUCUAUAAGAUAGGUUUUCAGUGCUAUGAAACAUUUUUUGCAGAAAUUCUCAUGGCAAGGAGGCACCUUCUCAGCAGUCUUCACUGUAUAUACACCAGCCCUUUGUAUCUGCUGGUUUUUAAAUUC